AUGUUUUCUUCUACAAUAUUUGCUGCAGUUGGAGUUCUGGGAGCUGGAUACUGCUUUGUUUUGUCAGCAGUAGCCCUAAACAGAGGCCCUAAAUGUAACACUGGAAAAGAGUGGACCUAUCCUUUCCACGAUGGGAAUUACCUCGCUAACCACACAUUGUGGGAUGUGUGCCAUUCACCCAAAAACAUCGUCCCGUGGAACCUGACCCUCUUCGCCUUGCUGCUCGUCAUGAGUGGGAUCCAGGCAGUGCUCUGCAGCAUUCAGGUGGUGAACGGCCUGUUUGGAACAAUCUGUGGGGACUGCAAAUGUUGCGGAUGUUGUGGGGGAGAUGGAACUGUCUAA